AUGCUGGAGGAAGCGGCGUCCGGGGGCAGCGGCACCGGCGGCGGCGGCGGCCAGGAGUUCCUCCGGCCCGCGGGCUACAGCUCCAUGCUCGGGCUCAGCAGCAACAGGAUGUAUAUGGACGUGCCGUGGGGCAACAAUGCCGGCGCCGCGAGGAGCCUUUCGGACCUGAUAUCUUUCGGCGGAGCGCCGCUUGGAAAACCAGAGCAGCCGGCACCGGCCACGUCGACGAAGGUGCAUGCGGAGUACAAGAAGCAAGGCCAGGAAAUCUCUUCGCCGGCAAAGACGAGCAGCGGAGGUGGCAGCAAGGGAAGCUCGCAGGGGAAGAAGAAGAGAUCAGAGGAGCAGCAAGGCUCGGAGGGGAACGCCAAGAAGUCCAAGAAUGAGGCCUCCUCGCCCACGUCGUCUCUCAAGGCAUCGCAGGUGCCAAAAGUGAAGUUAGGAGACAAGAUCACUGCACUGCAACAGAUCGUUUCACCAUUUGGAAAGACCGAUACCGCAUCAGUUCUGUAUGAGGCGAUAAAUUACAUCAAGUGGUUGCAUGAACAAGUGCAGUUGCUGAGUGAUCCAUACAUGAAGACAAGCAGUAGCAAGGACUACAACGCAUGGGGAGGGUUGGAUAGGAAGGAGAAGUCGGAGACAGAGAUCGACCUGCGAAGUAGAGGCCUGUGCUUGGUACCCGUCUCAUGCACGCCUCAAGUGUACAGGGAUAACAACGGCCCAGAUUACUGGACGCCCCCAUAUAGAAGCUGCUUAUACCGAUGA